AGGUAGGAAAGUAAGAAAGACAAGUUGGUGGGUGAGCUUGGAGCCUGAAGCCUGGAAUAUCCUCCUCCUCCUCCUCCUCAUUAUAUCAGCAAAGGAAACAAAAUAGAAAAGUAGGUAUAGUGAUGGCGCUGUAUACGACUGUGAUGGAAGAGAUAACAGGGUACACGGGGCUAUCACCGGCGGCCUUGUUCACGAUCGUGGCUCUGAUGGCUGUGGUUUACAAAACGGUGUGCGGCAUGUUUGUUGCCCCCGAAGAUUUCAACAAGCCGCCCGUUGUGACGGCCAACUUCAAUUCCAACAUUUUAAACAUGACCAAUUCUAGUAAUACUAAAGAUGCACAGCCGCUCCAGCUGGGAGAAGUUACUGAGCAUCAACUGAAGGCUUACGACGGUUCUGACCCCAAUAAGCCCAUCUUGAUGGCCAUCAAAGGUCAGAUCUACGACGUCUCUAGCUCCAGGAUGUUUUAUGGUCGGGGUGGGCCGUAUGCAAUGUUCGCUGGAAGGGACGCCAGCAGAGCCCUUGCGCUUCUGUCUUUUAAGCCCCAAGACCUCAAUGGUAACCUUCAAGGUCUGGAUGCGUCAGAGCUUGAAAUUUUACAGGACUGGGAAGAUAAAUUCAUGGAAAAAUAUGUGAAAGUAGGCCACCUUGCUUGUCCCACAACCAACGACUCAGGAAGCUAAAUUUGUUGGUGAAAAGCUUUCAUUUUCCUGAUUUUCGUUCUUCCAUCUGCUUCAGCUUAUAUAGUGGUUUACUGGUGUAUGUAUAGCUGUAACUGAGCUAAAUAUGUGAGACCUCUAAAUUGCUUUUAAGUUACAACUUCCUUGUUGCAACGAUAUUAGAAUAGCAAGCCUGCAAGACUACAACUACACACCAACUGUUUUAUAUUGGAGAAUGAUGUAGAUCUACAUUGAUCAAUUUAACCGAAAAUUAAAACAUGAUGAAAUAUGUGAGAAUUUUCCUUGA